AUGGGUGGUAGUAACUAUGGUGCCCAGGUCAAGAACCUGUGUCCCAUUUCCCUCAGCCAAAUGCUGGAAGUAGAUGUUCAACCUCCCCAGUUUUCAGGGGAAGGAGAAAAGCGUCUUAUAUUGCUGAAGACCGUGCAGUUGAAAAUAGAAGAUGAUGUCCAGCAAGAUGGUCCUACCUACCUGCAGAACGGGUUGCAAGGCCUGUUAUCCCCAGAAGUGAGCCUCUUGCCACCCGUAGAUGUGAUGCCACAGAGUGUAAGCAUCCCAGGGAACUCCGAGGAAGGCUUAGCAGUAAAUUUCCUGGAAAGGAUUUAUACAGUCCACAGAGUGGAAGCGAUGCCUGUGAACAGUCUGAAAGAAGCAUCAGCAUUUGACGAAGAUAAAAGAUCUGCGAGGAAGACCCCAGACGUCCUCUGGAUUAAGGUUGAUAGAAGUAAAGAUAUAAUUGCAGAUGAAGGUCAGGGGCAGCAGCUGUCUGCAGCUGAAGAGGAAAGAAUAAACAAUCCCCUUGUGGUUCAAGCAGCGAAGGGUCUGGGUGCUCAAAUUAAUGCUGGCUCCUUUCCGUUGCCUGCGCCAGAAAAUAAAGACCAAGGGGAUGGAGCUGAAUUGCAACAGUCAGUUUCGACAAGCACCAGCGUCCCUUUGAGAGCCCGAGGAAGCAGAAUUCGAAGGGGAGGAGGAAAUGUGCUGCACCGUUGUGAUUUCUGUGCGUUCACUUCUGUCAACGUGUUGAGCCUUAACCGUCACAUGAAAAAACAUACGGAUGAAAAACCCCACAUGUGCCACAUCUGUCUCAAGGCCUUCCGUACUGUCUCCUUAUUGCGUAACCAUGUGAACACCCAUACAGGGACCAAACCGUACAAAUGCGGCGAGUGCGAAAUGGCUUUUGUGACCAGUGGGGAGCUUUCGCGCCACAGGCGUUACAAACAUACUCUUGAGAAGCCCUUCAAGUGUUCACACUGUAACUAUCGUAGUGUAGAGGCAAGCAAGUUGAAGCGCCACAUCCGCUCACACACUGGGGAGCGCCCUUACACCUGUUCUCUGUGUGCCUAUGCUAGCAGAGAUACCUACAAGCUGAAAAGGCAUAUGGUUACUCACUCAGGUGAAAAGCCCUUUGAGUGUGGGCUUUGUAAGGCCAGGUUCACUCAGGCUGGAACUCUGAAAUUCCAUGUUUUGCACAAACAUGGGGAAAAUGUACCAAAAUACCAGUGUCCUCGCUGCAAUACUUCUGUCGCCAGGAAGGGAGAUUUACGUAUCCACUUGAGAAAUCUCCAUUCCUAUGUCGAAGUGCCCUUCAAGUGCAAUUACUGUGACGGUGCCUUCCAUGAGCGCUACGCCUUCAGACAGCACAAGAAGACUCACCGAAAUGAGAAGAGAUUCAGAUGUGAUCAGUGUAAUUAUGCAUGCAAGCAGGAGCGCCACCUGGUUAUGCACAAGCGGACACAUACUGGAGAGAAACCCUUUAUUUGCGUAGCUUGCAGCAAAUGCUUUCGGCAGAAGCAACUGCUCACUGUUCACUUCAAGAAGUAUCACGACUCCACUUUUAAGCCGAAAGUCUACAGCUGUCCUAAAUGUGGCAAGGGCUACUCACGCUGGAAUAAUAUGCGUAAGCAUGCUGAAAACUGUGGGAAAGCGAGAGCCGUCCAACCCAGCAAAGGAAGCAAGCUGCAAAAGAAAGACAGCAAGAGAUCAAGCCACAAUAUCAAACAAGAAGAAGCGGCUGAUUGGGUGAACUCUCAGCACUACACCCUGUAUAGUAUUCCUGUUACAACUAGGGAGAAGGAAGAGGCUCUGUUGGAAGAUAAAAAAUCAGGAGUUACUUGUGAGAUGAUCUUCAACUUGAUGGAUAAGUAA